UUAACUACUUAAGCGUCCCAAAUAUAAAAAUAUAAAAAUAAUAAAAUCCUCUCUCUCCACAUUCUAGACGGAGACUGAACCCAAAGGAGAAAUUAAUUCUCAAGAUUAAUCUUCCUCUCGAAACCCAAAGUGCAGAGUACGUGAAAUCGAAAUGUUGUGAUGUUAGGAGUAAAGCUGAAGCUGCACGAUGAUGAAGAUGAUGAUGGAGAUGGAGAUGGAGAUGAAGAUGCUGAUGACAAAGCUUUCUUCUUCUCCUGCUUCCGGUACAUGGAUGCUUUCUCUUCCUCUUCAAUUAUUGUCUUCAUCACAUAGUAGCAGCUUCCAUUCCAAAUCCCUGAAUUUUAAUACGAUUGAUGAAGCCCUCUCUUCCUUUAAUCGAAUGCUUCAUAUGCAACCUCCACCCUCAGUUGUUGAUUUCGCCAAAAUUUUAACCUCCAUCGCUAACAUGAAACACUACUCCACUGUGCUUUCUCUUUCUAAGCAAAUGGAUUCUCUUGGAAUUCCCUCCGAUGUUUACACUCUCGCCAUCGUCAUUAACUCUUUCUGCCAUUUGAAUCGGGUGGAUUUCGGUUUCUCCGUCUUGGCGAAAAUCUUCAAACUUGGGCAUCAACCGGACACCGCUACCUUCACCACUCUGAUUAGGGGCCUCUGUGUUGAGGGUAAAAUUGGUGAAGCCCUCCACCUGUUUGAUAAAAUGGUUGGGGAAGGUUUUCAACCCAAUGGGGUUACUUAUGGAACUCUGAUACAUGGGUUAUGUAAAGUGGGCAACUCUAGAGCCGCUAUCAGGUUACUUAGGAGCAUGGUACAAAAAAAUUGUGAGCCUAAUGUGAUUACUUAUAACACCAUCAUUGAUUGCCUUUUUAAGGAUAGACAAGUAAAUGAGGCUUUGAACAUUUUCUCUGAGAUGAUCGCUAAAGGCAUUUCACCUAAUGUUUCAACUUAUAACUCAAUAAUUCAUGGCCUAUGCAAGUUCUCUGAGUGGAAGCAUGUUGCAACACUGAUGAAUGAAAUGGUAGAUAGCAAGAUAAUGCCAAAUGUAGUUAUCUUUACCACAUUGGUGGAUGCACUCUGUAAAGAAGGAAUGGUCACCAUAGCACAUGAUGUAGUUGAUGUGAUGAUUCAAAGAGGUGUGGAGCCUGAUGUAGUCACCUACACUGCAUUGAUGGAUGGACACUGUUUGCGAUCUGAGAUGGAUGAGGCGGAUAAAGUAUUUGAUACGAUGGUUCGUAAGGGCUGUGCACCUAAUGUUAUCAGCUAUAGUACCUUGAUCAACGGUUAUUGCAAGAUUCAAAGGAUAGAUAAGGCCAUGUAUCUCUUUGAAGAAAUGUGUCAACGAGAAUUGGUUCCUAACAUCGUGACUUACAACACUCUUAUACAUGGUUUAUGCCAUGUUGGAAGACUCCGGGAUGCAAUAGCACUUUUUCAUGAGAUGGUAGCUAGUGGCCAAAUUCCAGAUCUCGUUACUUACCGCAUUUUAUUAGACUAUCUAUGCAAAACUCGUCAUCUAGAUCAAGCUAUGGCUAUGCUGAAAGCUAUUGAAGGUAGUAAUUUGGCUCCUGAUAUACAAAGUUAUAAUAUUGUCAUUGAUGGGAUGUGUAGAGUUGGUGAACUUGAAGCUGCAGGGGAUCUCUUUUCCAGUCUCUCCUCCAAAGGUUUGCAUCCUGAUGUUUGGACUUAUACUAUAAUGAUCAAUGGGCUUUGUCUACAAGGGUUAUUAGCUGAGGCAACUAAGUUAUUUAGGGAAAUGAAUACAGAUGGCUGCUCACCAGAUGAUUGCACUUACAAUUUGAUUACUCGAGGAUUUUUACGAAAUAAUGAGACAUUGAGUGCUAUUCAACUUCUUCAAGAAAUGCUUGGAAGGGGAUUUUCCGCUGAUGCAUCCACCAUCACAUUGAUAGUGGAAAUGUUAUCUGAUGAUGGAUUGGAUCAAUCUGUAAAACAAAUUCUACAUGAGUUUGUGCAGUAAAGAGUUAUGGAUAUUCAUCAACUCUAAAUGUGGAAUUCUUGGAGGGUCUCACUCUUCGUGGUAGUUGUUAAUGACUUUUGAUUGUAUCAACAAUUUUUUUGCAAGCAAAUGAGUUUAAUUUUUUAAAAAAUCAUGUUGUUGCAAGAGAUUGAUCUAGUUUAUUCCAAUUUAUGUUAUUUUUGUUUGUUUACUUGCCAUUGUUUUCCUUCCAUGUUAAUUUCAUUCAAUGGUCCUUAAACUGAUUGUCUUUUAGCAAUGGAAUAAGCAAUGAUCAUUGGUUACUA